AUGCGGACGGUGGGUGGGAAAAAGGGCAGACGCUACUCCCAGCGAACCGCCGCUGCCGCUCCCGAGGCCUCACCAAAAUGGCCGCCGCCGUCUCGGCCGCCACCACCACCACUACCACCACCACUCGCUCGGAAUCGCUAUCGCCGGCGUGGCCCGUCUUCUCGCGAGAGACAAUCACCCAGUAAGCUGCAGCAAGUUAGCAGUGGAACCUGGGCCUCUCGAUUCCCAUGGCAGCCCACUUCUGUAGCGCUGCUUCGUUUUACGCGAGGAUGGUUUCCUGAUAGCUUUCAAACACCUUUGCCAUCUCUUCGCAAACUUUCUAGAUUAAGAAUCCCUUUGAGAAUCUGAUACCUUUACCCCAGAAUAGAACAAUAAAUAACAGCUACCUUCUACUGACA